AUGGACCGAUCCCUAUCAACAUCCCAUCAUGAGGUCACACUCAACCUCAAAAUCUGGAGCUGUGUAACCUGUCGUCGUCGCAAGAUCCGCUGCGAUAGAAAAGAGCCAUGCAACAAUUGUACAAAAAACAAAAUCGACUGCCAUUUCCCCGUGACGGGUCGUAUACCGAGACGAACUCGCGAUGCCAAGACUCCAGCUCAGAAGCAAUCUGAAUUGCUCAGUCGUCUUCGUCGUCUCGAGUCAGUCGUUACUGAACUCGCGGCGCAGGUUGAGGAUGAAAAUGGGGCCAAGACUAUGGGUCAGAUAACAGUGGAUAAGGAGCCUACAGAGUCUUCGUGGGCUACGUCAUCUGGCAGUUUGGAUCAUCAGACUUCGGAGUUUGAUGAGGAUUUUGGUAGGCUUGUUGUUGACAAGGACGGUGGACUUCACGUUGGAAAUCGCUUUUGGACGGUAUUUUGCAGCGAGGUAGACAAUAUACUUCAAGCUGUACACGACGUUGCAGAUAUCUCGGAAACCCCAAGUAACUCAAUCAUGACAGAGCCUACCAGCAAUGGGACUCCGGCUCCUCUAAGUCAUCUUGGCUUUGUCUUUGGCAGCGCAGAGUUCGCGAAAGCGUUAGAUGGGCUCAACCCCAUGCCCUCUCAGAUGCUCUUCAUAUGGCAGACAUAUGUCGAAAAUGUUGACCCUUUCAUCAAGGUCCUUCAUACUCCAGCGAUUGAGAAUAUUGUCAAACAAUUAAAAGACAACUUUAGCUCUUGUGGCCACAAUGUAGAAGCCCUGUUGUUUGCGAUAUGCUUAGCGGCCAUUGCGUCCAUGGACGAAAAGACAGUCUCGUUCAACUUCAACACACCCAGAGAACAACUGCUGCAGCGGUAUCAAUUCGGUACUGAACAAGCACUCGCUCGUGCCAACUUUCUUACUACAAAAGACAUCACUGUCCUUCAAGCCCUGGUCAUAUACCUAUCGCUGCUACCAAACAUUGGGGCUCAAGAUAAAGUAUGGCCACUGACAGGUUUGCUCCUCAGGCUAGCAAAGUCAGUAUGCCUUCAUCGCGAGGGCGAACCACAUCAGUACAAUCAGCUUGAGAGGGAGAUGAGACGUCGGCUCUGGUGGCACAUCUGCUUCAUCGAUUCCAGUAGUCGACGGGCUGACGCUCAAGACCUGUCAAUCACCCCAGCGUCCUUCAGCACAGGUCUCCCUACAAACUCAAACGAUGUCGAUCUGGACAGCUCAACCACUCAGAUCCCAAAUCCUAAUCAAGGAUCAACUGGUGUGACACUCUGUCUCAUCCGCUGCGAGCUGUGGUAUCUCACACAAGCCAUCCGCGCCGAUACAACCGAUUCUCUAGAGACCCGUCUCGGCCUCUUAAACGCCCUGAGACAAAAAGUCGAGAAGACUUACUUCCAGCAUCUACAGCCCAACCAACCAUGGGACUCCUUCAUCAGGACGAUGACAACCCUGUUCUUUGCCAAAGUUGAACUGGUUAUUCGACGACGAUCCAAAACUCUCCCUGCAGCGGAUGAGCUAUUGACUCCAUCUAUCACAGUCACCAAAGCAGUGCAGUCUCUCAAAUCAGGAUCCGCGUGGGUAAAGUGGCGCUGGCAGUUACAAGGACAAAUGCCAUGGCAUGCAAUGGGUGUCUACCUCCGUCAAGCAUCUCGACUCCCUUGGACACGAGAACUAGAAGAAGCAUGGGGCGCAACUACAGCUUUGAAAGAAGGAGUCACAGAAGAAAUGAAGACGGGAUCACUGUGGAGGUCUCUCAUGCAGCUGUUCUCGGAAGCUGAACAGCAUCGUGAAAUGGAGCUUAAGCGUCAAGGAGCAAAUGCCCAACAUACCCGAGACAAGGGAGACCGUGUGAACUCGGAUGUCCAGCAAAUGCUCAACAACGCUGAGAACAUGUCAAACGAGAUCCCUGUUAAUCAUCCUCUAAUUGAUACAUCGACAUUUGACUCGUCUCUACACAUAUCUCCGCCAGCAGACAAUGGGGCUCUCUCCGUGGAACGUCUAUCAACGAGUCUAGGUACAGCGGCUGAUGAUCUUCCUUCAUGGGUUGAAGCAGGAGGUGACAUGAACUUUGGUCAAGGCCAAAAUUUCGGAAACUCGUCAUCUGAUGGAACCGCUGAUGGGGUGGAUUGGGAGGCCUUGAUGGAUCUAGAUGAAACGUGGAAUUGGGACUUCCUGUAG